GGCUUGGUGGCUCUGACAUCACGGCCUCAUUCGUAUGCAGCAGAGGCAGCAGCGGCGGCGAAGGAGGAGGCGACUCCCCAGCGGGGCCAGCCAGUCAAGCAGCCCAGUCGCCCGGCAGCAGCAGCAGCAGGAGGAGGAGGAGGAGGAGGAGGCGGCUCUCACGCAGAGCUAUCUCAAGCUCUCCGACUUUCUCCGGGAAGAGAGGGAGGCUGGCUGGAUGCAGCAGCCUGGCAGGGUCUCCUGAUUCACAGCGGGCUGGGGGCUCCUCUCUGCCGCUGGGGUCCUUUUGGGGGGCGAUGGCGUGAUGGAGGAAGGGCGACCCAUCAGCUGUGCCCAGGAAGGCCAGCUUGAGCCCUCAGACCUCCGCCAAGGCAGGGCAGAAAGCCCACGGUGCCCUCUGAUGCUUUGGCCAAGCCAGUCGCUCUCCCUUGGCUUGGACGUGGGUCAAACACUGCAAAUAUAGCUCCGGGAGAUCUCUCCAUAGCUGUAUCUUCUGGAGGGAGGGAAGGAAAAGGACUUGACAAUGCUGCAGUGUUUUCCUGGGGCUUGGAAGGAAAGGAGGCACCAAAGGAAAGUCAACCAAAGCAGCAACUGAAGGAGAAGAGGAAGAAGAAGAAGGGAGGGGACAGCAAAGAGCAGAGGUGUUGAGCAGGACCUCAGCACUUCAGUAAACACCCAACUUACUUCCUAAAAGCUGGAUUCGGAAUCCAUUGGAACAGGAAAAUUUGCCGACAUUGUAAGUGCCCACAGUCAGAGCAUUUUGAAACCGUGAUGCCUCUGGAAAUGGAGAAGACUGUGACCAAACUGAUGUUUGACUUCCAGCGGAAUUCUACUUCUGACGAUGACUCGGGUUGUGCCUUGGAAGAGUAUGCUUGGGUACCUCCUGGGCUGAAACCAGAACAGGUUCAUCAGUACUACAGCUGCCUACCGGAAGACAAAGUGCCCUACGUGAACAGCCCUGGGGAGAAAGCCCGUAUCAAACAGCUUCUUCACCAGCUGCCGCCACAUGACAAUGAGGUACGAUAUUGCAAUUCAUUGGAUGAAGAGGAGAAAAGGGAACUCAAACUCUUCAGCAAUCAGAGGAAAAGGGAGAACUUAGGCAGAGGCAAUGUGCGACCAUUCCCAGUCACCAUGACCGGAGCCAUUUGUGAGCAGUGUGGAGGUCAAAUCAAUGGAGGAGACAUAGCUGUCUUUGCAUCUAGAGCAGGGCAUGGCAUUUGCUGGCACCCCCCUUGCUUCAUCUGCAGCGUUUGCAAUGAGUUAUUGGUAGAUCUUAUCUACUUCUAUCAAGAUGGAAAGAUUUAUUGUGGCCGGCACCACGCAGAAUGCCUGAAGCCUCGCUGUGCAGCAUGUGAUGAGAUUAUCUUUGCAGAUGAAUGCACAGAGGCUGAGGGACGGCACUGGCAUAUGAAGCACUUUUGCUGUUUUGAAUGUGAAACGGUGCUGGGAGGCCAGCGAUACAUCAUGAAGGAAGGGCGGCCAUAUUGCUGCAACUGUUUUGAAUCCUUAUAUGCGGAGUAUUGUGAUACCUGCGCUCAGCACAUUGGAAUUGACCAGGGUCAGAUGACUUAUGACGGCCAGCAUUGGCAUGCAACGGAGACCUGCUUUUGUUGUGCACAGUGCAAGAAGUCACUUCUUGGGCGGCCAUUCCUGCCAAAGCAAGGGCAGAUCUUCUGUUCCAGAGCAUGCAGCAUGGGGGAUGACCCCAAUGCCUCCGAUUCAUCUGACUCUGCUUUCCAAAGUGCGAGAGCCAAAGAAUCCCGGCGUAGUGCCAAGAUUGGCAAGAACAGGAACAAAGGAGAAGAGAACUCUGCCAGCCAGAGCAAUCAACUGCAGGUGACCUCCAAUAGGCUCUCUACAGACGUGGAUCCCCUCUCCUUGCAAAUGGACUUGCUGAGCUUAUCCAGCCAGACUCCAAGUCUAAACAGGGACCACAUAUGGAGGAGCAGAGAUGAGCUCUACCACUAUGGGAACAAAAUGGAGUCACAAAAUCAGUCACAAACCCCUUUGCAGAUGCUCAGCCAGUGUAACAUCAGGACCUCUUACAAUGCAGGGCAGAGUCCAAGUGCUCAACAGGAACUGUGGGGCAAACAUUUCAGUAAUCCAAAGAGGAGUUCCUCCCUUGCCAUGAAAGGACAUGGUGGUAGCUUCAUCCAAGAGUGCCGAGAAGAUUAUUACUCAGGAAGACUACCAUCACAGGAGAGCUACAGUGACAUGUCCAACCAGAGCUUCACUGAAAACAGGGGGAGUUACAAGGUCUCCAAAUAUGACCAAGAGGAAGACAGCAGUAGGUCUGCACAGCAUUGUCGUACUAGGCAUCCAAUCAAUGCCUUGAAAUUCACUGAGGAACUGACUCCCACAGAGCAAACUCCGCGUGGCUCAAUGGAAUCUCUUGCUCUUUCCAAUGCCACAGGUCUCUCUGCAGAUGGGGGCACCAAGCGACAAGAGCAUCUCUCUCGUUUUUCCAUGCCUGAUCUCAGCAAGGAUUCUGGAAUGAAUGUGUCAGAGAAGUUGAGUAAUAUGGGAACAUUGAAUUCAUCCGUCCAGUUCAGAAGUGCAGAAUCUGUCCGUAGCUUGCUGUCUGCCCAACAGUACCAAGAUAUGGAAGCCAACCUCCAUGACCUUACCAAUCCAAUUGGUUACAGAGACACACCGUCCCGUGGGAGGAUGCAUCAGAGCUUUGACUAUGGUGAUGCAAUGCCAGGAACUAAAUUGGCUGGGCAGGAGAGUGCCAGGCAUCCCCCUAUGAGUGAGCGAACUCCCAGACGAACUAAUCUCCGAGAUGAUGAUCGACGUUCCCGCCACCACAGGCCCCGGCGCUCCAGGCGCUCCCGCUCAGACAAUGCCCUCCACCUUGCCAGUGAACAGAGCUAUAAGUUGAAAGAAAGGCCCUCUCUACGAGCUCGGGAGGAUUAUGAUCAGUUCUUACAGCAGAGAGGUUGCAGGGAAAGUGUGGAGCAGGGUGCACGAAGAAAUCUUUAUGGUCAGUGCCCCAGGACUGUGUCAGACCUUGCUUUGCAAAACCACUUUACUGAGCGAUGGGGACCCUACUUUGCUGAAUAUGAUUGGUGUUCUACAUGUUCUUCCUCCUCUGAAUCUGACAAUGAAGGCUACUUCCUGGGGGAACCAAUCCCUCAACCCAGUCGUCUCCAGUACGUUGCUGGUGAAGACCUGCUUCACAAAUAUGGUUCAUACAGCAUGCCUAAGUCUUCCACACUAGGUGGUCGAGGACAGUUACAUAGCCGGAAAAGGCAAAAGAGCAAAAACUGUAUCAUAGCAUAACCGUGUUUUACCCAAGCACAGUGUUGGAGAAUGUAAUUACUUCAUCAACUUGCACUGUUGUAGGUCUUAAAGCGCUUUUUAUUGUAACGAAACAUCCUGGCAAGCAGGGAGCUGUAAGAAGGACAUAGACACAAGGUCUAUAAAUAGUCAUAAUUGUUGGCAUGGUGAAUAUAUUUUGCACAUUUUAUUUUGGGGAUGAGAGGGGAGGGGUCAAAUUUAUUUUAGCAUGUAAUAAUUAAAAGUUUAUCUCCUUCCUACAACUAGUCACCACCCACCUAAUAUCCAGUUCACCCAUCUGUUUUUAGUUGCCAUUGUUUUCGAUAACCUGCAGUUAGCAAACCAUGUAUUCUCUCUCCUUUUCUUUUUCUUUUCUUUUCUAUUUUUGCUUUCCAUUUUCAUCAUUUUCUUUCACCAUUCUUCUGCCAGAUUGUAAGGAAAUGUAAAUUAUUUCCAUGAUUUGUUGUGAAAAAUGCAAAAGUAAGUGAGUUUGGAGAAAAUAUUUUUGUAUUUUGUAAUAAUUGAGGAAUGUUUAUAUCUUAGGAGUCACUGGGAAAUCCAUGCACAUUCAUCAUUUUUGGGGGGCUGAGCUAAAGAAACAGAGCUUGAGAAUCCUUACUUUAUUUUAUUUGCCAUCAAAUUUCAUCUGGAUCAGCAGUCUUUUACUUUCUGCAUUUGCUUAAAACAAAACAAAAAAGAGCCUUUAAAACAUUUAAUUAGCUCUUGAGGAAGGUAUGG